AUGCUCAUUCCACCUUAUCAGAAAUUUCUGAAGGAUGCUGUUCAGCAAAGAACCAGGGAAGCACAAGGGAUGGUAGUGUUGACUCGUGAGUGCAGUGCAAUCAUUCAGCGGAAGGUCAUCUCCGACAAAAAGGAAGAUCCGGGGAGUUUCACUUUGCCCUGCAUGUUGGGACCCCUAUCUUUCAAAAACAGCCUCUGCGAUCUAGGAUCAUCUGUCAGCCUCAUGCCUUUGUCUGUAGCAAAGAGACUGGGAUAUCACAAGUACCAAGCCUGCGGAAUCUCACUAGUCUUGGCAGAUAGAUCGAUAAGGUUACCAACUGGGAUGCUUGAAGACCUGCCUUUGAGGAUAGGGAAUGUAGAAAUCCCCACCGACUUCAUUGUGCUUGAGAUGGAUGAGGAACCAACAGAUCCAUUGAUUCUAGGAAGGCCAUUCCUAGCUACAGCAAGAGCAAUGAUAGAUGUCUGUGAAGGAACAAUUGAGCUAAACUUGGGAAAGGACCUGAAGAUGAAGUUUGAUAUCAAGGAUACAAUGAGGAAACCAACUAUAGAAGAAGGAUAUGUGAGCUCAGAAACUGAUGAGUACAAGAAGCUCCUUGACACCUUCAGACCAGUUCCAAACAUUCUGAGCAUUGAGGGAUUGGACAGGCCAGUUUGCGAAGUCAUGGCAGUGAGCUCGAUCAAGAACUCGAUCGAGUCGAGUUUCGAACAAACGAACUCGAUCGAGCUGGGGACUGAAUGCAAGGAGCAAGCUCAAGGAGAUUGGUCUGAGCUCAAGGCGCCUAAAGUCGACCUCAAACCUUUGCCUGAGGGCCUCAGGUAUGCAUUUCUGGGUGAAAACUCAACUUACCCUGUCAUUGUGAACUCUGAUUUGGAACCUGAACAGUUGAGUGCUUUGCUUGUUGAAUUGAGAAAGUACAGAAAGGCAAUAGGAUUGAACCCCAAUCUAAAGGAAGUAGUGAAGAAAGAGAUACUCAAGUUGCUUGAUGCUGGGAUAAUCUAUCCCAUCAGUGAUAGCACUUGGAUAUCUCCAGUUCAUUGCGUCCCAAAGAAAGGGGGGAUCACUGUCAUUAAAAACGACAAAGAGGAGCUGAUUCCCACUAGAACAAUAGUGGGGCAUCGCAUGUGUAUUGACUAUAGGAAGCUAAAUUCAGCAUCUAGAAAGGAUCAUUUCCCUCUCCCUUUCAUUGAUCAGAUGUUAGAAAGAUUGGCAAACCACCCUUUUUAUUGUUUUCUUGAUGGCUACAGUGGUUUCUUCCAAAUCCCGAUCCACCCUAAUGAUCAGGAGAAGACCACUUUCACAUGCCCUUAUGGCACCUUUGCUUAUCGAAGGAUGCCAUUUGGGCUGUGCAAUGCUCCAGCUACUUUCCAGAGGUGCAUGACCUCCAUUUUUUCAGAUCUGAUAGAGGAGAUGGUAGAAGUCUUCAUGGACGAUUUCUCAGUCUAUGGAGCAUCCUUCUCCUCAUGUUUGUCUAACUUGUGCAGGGUGUUGCAGAGGUGUGAGGAGACCAAUCUAGUACUCAACUGGGAGAAGUGCCACUUCAUGGUUCGAGAAGGGAUUGUGCUUGGACACAAGAUUUCCGAGAAAGGGAUCGAGCUCGAUCGAGCUAAGGUGGAUGUCAUGUUGCAGCUCCCUGUUCCCAAGACUGUGAAGGACAUAAGGAGUUUUCUGGGUCAUGCAGGGUUCUACAGAAGAUUCAUCAAGGAUUUCUCAAAGAUAGCAAGACCCUUGACAAGGCUUCUGUGCAAGGAGACAGAUUUUGAGUUUGAUGAAGAAUGCCACAAGUCUUGGACCUUGCUGAAGGAUGCUCUGGUGUCUGCGCCAAUAGUACAAGCUCCAAACUGGGAUCACCCAUUUGAGAUUAUGUGUGAUGCAUCUGACUAUGCAGUAGGAGCAGUGCUUGGCCAAAAGAUAGACAAGAAACUCAAUGUCAUCUACUAUGCAAGCAAGACUAUGGAUGAUGCUCAGUGCAAGUAUGCAACCACAGAGAAGGAACUCCUUGCCAUAGUCUUUGCCUUUGAGAAAUUUCGAAGCUAUAUAGUUGGAUCCAAGGUGAUUGUGCACACUGACCAUGCUGCCCUUAGACACAUCUUCGCUAAGAAAGAUACAAAGCCAAGACUUCUCAGAUGGAUCCUUUUGCUUCAAGAGUUUGACAUAGAAGUUGUGGACAAAAAGGGAGUAGAAAAUGGAGUUGCUGAUCAUCUCUCUAGGAUGCGAGUUGAAGACAUGAUCCCCAUCAAUGAUUCUAUGCCUGAAGAACAGCUUAUGGCAAUCAUGAUCUUGAAGGAGAGUUUUGAUGAGAAAGCCAGGCUGGAAGAAGUUAAGGCUCUGCGUGAUGAGAAUUUGCCAUGGUAUGCUGAUAUAGUGAACUUCAUGGUGUCCGGAGAAGUCCCUAGUAGCUUUGAUGCUUACAAGAGGAAGAAAUUCUUCAAGGAUGCUAGGCAUUACUAUUGGGAUGAGCCCUACUUGUACAAGAGAGGACCAGACAGCAUUUACAGGAGAUGCAUAGCUGAAGAGGAUGUGCAAGGAGUUCUAGAGCAUUGCCAUGGGUCAGCUUAUGGAGCAAGCUACAUUGCCAAGUGUGAUCCAUGCCAAAGGAAAGGAAUCACCAAGAGAGAUGAAAUGCCACUAAACCCAAUUCUAGAAGUUGAGAUCUUUGAUGUAUGGGGAAUAGACUUCAUGGGACCUUUCAAACCUUCCUCAAACGGGCACAACUACAUUUUGGUUGCUGUGACUAUGUGUCCAAAUGGAUUGAAGCCAUCCCCUGCCCAACCUGUGAUGCCAAGGUUGUUAUCAAACUUUCAGAACCAUCAUCUUUCCAAGAUAUGGCAUCCCAAGGGUUGUUAUUUCGGAUGGAGGUUCCCAUUUCAUCAACAAGGUGUUUGA